AUGUUUUUACUAAGUAUUAUCCCAGAGAAAUUCAAGAAAGAAGGAAAGUCUUUUUUGGAUUCUGAUGGAUUGACCGAUCACAUUUAUCUUUAUGAAAAUGGAACUGGCAAAACCUGGAAUAAGACAUCUGCCCGUUUUACUGGCAUGUUGGAUGCUUUUGCAAAAAUUGUUCAAAGAGAAGGUGUGAAAGCAUUGUGGAGUGGAUUGCCACCCUCACUAGCAGUUUCAGUUCCAACUACAGUAAUUUAUUUUACAUGCUAUGAUCAACUACGUGAUGCCCUCGUUUAUAAAUUAGGAGAAAAUGACUACAUUCCACUUAUUGCAGGUGCCAUAGCCAGAUUAUGUUCUGCUACUAUAAUAAGUCCAAUUGAAAUGAUUAGAACAAGAAUACAGUCUGGACGAUUGACUUACACACAACUCCUUGCUCGCAUCAGUACAGAUGUGACCCAAUAUGGCUGGCUUUCACUCUGGAAAGGAUGGGGUCCCACAAUCCUUAGAGAUGUGCCAUUCUCAGUUACACUAUUUGCAUUUUGGCCACUUAAUAUUUAUGAGUAUUUUUCCUUGCAGAUUGCAGCUACAUUAACUUUACCAUUUGAUGUAAUAAAAACAUACCGACAGACUGAGCUUUGGGAACUUGAUAUUACACAAUCUCCACAGAAGAAAACUAGAUCAAUAUGGGAAGUAAUGAAGAGAAUUGUGAUUGAAAAUGGAUUUACUGGAUUAUUUACUGGUAUUAUUCCAAGACUGACAAAAAUUGCUCCUGCUUGUGCCAUAAUGAUCAGCACAUAUGAAUACGGGAAAACUUUCUUUCGUAGAUUAAAUAAAGACAAAGAUAUGAAGAACUAUUAA